AUGUUGAGGAAUGAUGAUGCGGCAUGGGACUUGUCGCUUAACUCUGAUGCUCCACCACGAAAUAGCAACAUCGAGCCAAAGAAGCCAUCGGUGAAACAUGGUCGAAGCAAAGCAAAGCGAGAGCGAGCUCCAAUUUAUCAACGAUGGAGGAUCCAGUUGUUGCGCCACCGCGAUGGACAAAAGCAUGCGAAAUCACUUUCUGGGUGCUCAUCGUGUAUUUGGGAUUGGCGAUUUUGGUUCUCUGCG